GCACGUUCUCUCUGCUUCUUUCUCUCUAUUCCCUCUUAUCUCACUUCCGAACCCUAACCCUAAUUCGUUGCCCUUGAAACUAAAAAAAGAGUCCAAAAUCACCAGAAAGUUUCUUCUCCGAUUUGGAUUGGAACCAGUAUACGUGUUUUCUGGAUCGGAUUUUCAAUAUCAAUGUACCCCCAGACUUAAAGUUGGAAUUGUUUCAAGCCUUACCAGUCUCAGUCACAGUGUAAAGGCUAACUUUUUGAAUGCCAUCUUGUGAAGCCCAGAAUUUCUACAAUGGGAGAAGAAGCAGUUUGUCUGGAUAUGCCAAUGGAAGAAGACAUGGCUGAAGAGAAUCCGUCAACGAAGCACGAAUUGAAGAGAGACCGUCUGUGUAUUGAAGAAGAUAAUGUAGAAGGAGAGCUUUAUUCCAACAAGAGACAAGCGAAGGAGGCUUCAUACGAUGACAUCAGGUCGGAAAUAUCCAACCCCGUCGCGUCUCCGGUGGAUUCUACUUCCUGUUUUCGGGAUAUCACUAGCCAUCCGGCUAAUUCGAAUUUAGAUGAUCGCGUUGGGUCUUGUUCCGGCAAUGAUUAUGGUUCCGAUGAGACUAUAAGUGACGAGAAACACAGUGAAUACGGCACGUCGCUAGCAGAUAGCUCUCCGUCGGAGCAAUGGCAACCUAGUGAUGCGGUAUCGUCUAAUUUCGUAUUGGAGAUUCCGAAGCAUCUUAGCACAACUGGUAUAACGAAAAUCACGUUUAAGCUCAGUAAACCAAAGGAAGAGAAUCUCCGUGAUUUGCCUAUGAUCAAGGAGCCUGCGUCAUGGGAGGGUGCUUCUUCAACUUUAGGUGUGAAAACUUCGAAGAAGAUCGUCUCUAGCAACUUCCCAUCUAAUGUGAAGAAGCUAUUGUUGACGGGUAUUCUCGAAGGUGCUCGGGUGAAGUACAUUUCAACCUCACCUGUGUAUGAGCUUGACGGGAUCAUCCACUCGGGUGGGUACUUGUGUGGCUGUACUGCGUGCAAUUUCACGAAAGUUCUAGGUGCCUAUGAGUUCGAGAAGCAUGCUGAUAGAAAAACGAAGCACCCUAAUAAUCACAUAUUUUUGGAGAAUGGAAGGUCGGUUUAUAGCAUAAUUCAAGAGCUGAAGAUUGCUCCUGCUGAUGUUCUUGAGGAGUGUAUAAGGAAAGUGGUGGGUUCUGCUCUGAGUGAGGAGGGCUUUCAGGCGUGGAAAGAAAGUUUCCAGCAGGAUAGUUUCGUGACUGAAGAUGAUCGGAAUCAUACCAUGGAGAAUCCGUUUCAAUCCCUUGUCAGUUAUCCUGCUACUGGUCGAUCUUUUGAUGAGAGUCAAAGCUCUACUCCAUGUUUCCCAGAGAGCAGUUAUUUUAGAAAGAAAAUAUGUACAGAAGAACAGAAGCCAAAAGUAAAGAAGCUUACCUCUCAGAAGUUCGGUUUGAGUUGCCGGAAGAAAGUUUCUGAACGCGGCAAUAAGAAGAGGGACAAUGAUUUACACCGGUUGCUGUUUUUGCCAAAUGGGCUACCAGAUGGGACUGAAUUGGCUUACUAUAUGAAAGGACAGAAUCUACUGCGUGGUUACAAGCAAGGAAGUGGUAUAGUAUGUAGCUGCUGCGACAGAGAGAUUAGCCCUUCACAAUUCGAAUCGCAUGCUGGAAUGGCGAUUAGGCGACAACCAUAUCGUCAAAUCUGCAUAUCUUCUGGAAUGUCUUUGCAUGACAUAGCCCUGUCACUGGCGGAUGGCCAUGUGAUUACAACUGGUGAGAGUGAUGACAUGUGUUCUAUUUGUGACGAUGGCGGAGAUUUGCUACUCUGUGCUGGAUGUCCUCAAGCAUUUCAUACAGCAUGCUUGAAAUUUCAAUCUAUGCCCAAAGGUACUUGGUACUGUUCAAGCUGCAAUGAUGGACCUGUCUCUAGUAAAACGACUAUUGCUACUGAUUCUAACAUGAAACCGAUAGUUAUAAGACCGAGAAGAGUUGUUAAAGCACCAGAAAGUGAAAUUGGUGGUUGCGUGUUCUGCAGGUCCCAUGAUUUUAGUGUCGGGAAAUUUGAUGAUAGGACAGUUAUUCUCUGUGACCAGUGUGAGAAAGAGUACCAUGUCGGUUGUCUCAGGGAGAAUCAGCUUUGUGAUUUGAAAGGAAUCCCCCAAGACAAAUGGUUCUGCUGUAGUGACUGCAGCAGGAUUCACACGGCUCUUCAGAGUUGUGUUUCCUGUGGGCCACAAACUAUUCCCACGCCUUUGUUAGACACGAUAAGCAGAAAGUACAGAGAAAAAGGAAUAUAUACCGACGAUGGAGAUACUGUGGAAUGGAGGAUGCUUAGUGGAAAAAGCCGAUACACAGAGCAUCAACACUUGCUUUCACAAGCGGCUGCUAUCUUCAGGGAGUGUUUCGAUCCCAUAGUGGCAGUGUCUGGUCGUGAUCUCAUUCCUGUCAUGGUCUAUGGGAGAAAUAUAUCAGGCCAGGAGUUUGGAGGAGUGUACUGCUUGGUCCUGAUGGUGAAUUCCCUUGUUGUUUCUGCUGGGCUGCUUAGGGUAUUUGGUCAGAAAGUUGCUGAGCUUCCUAUUGUAGCUACAAGCCGAGAGUAUCAAGGAAGGGGCUACUUUCAAGGGCUGUUUGCUUGCGUUGAAAAUCUUCUUUCUUCUCUGAAUGUUGAGAACUUGCUUCUCCCAGCAGCUGAAGAGGCCGAGUCUAUCUGGACGAAGAAAUUUGGCUUCACAAAGAUGACUGAACCGCAAUUGCGGAAGUAUCAGAGAGAAGUGCAACUUACAAUGUUCAAGGGAACAUCGAUGCUGGAGAAGAAAGUGGCGAGAUUUUCAGAAUCAGCUUCACUCAUCUGAUAAUACCAUCUCGCUUGGAAGAUUUUUUUGAAAGCUUCAUCUGGAUUUUGGUAUUUGGGAUCUUUCCGUUUUUUUGGGGGUCUAUCUCGCUCCUUUAAAACCCACUUCUUUUUUUCUUUUUUUUUUUUUUGCAGAAGGGUCAUUUCUUGUGUACCUCUGUUAUUUUUUGUACAAACUUUUAACAAAAGAACAUUAGAAUUUAGGGUUGACACAGGAGGGUUUCAGACCUGAUGAGAUGUUUUUUGUAAAGGAAAGAAACUAAAUAUAGGUUGGUCUAAAGCAAAUAUUAUACAU